GUGUGUGUGUUUUAGAAGUGACCAUGGGUGUGGAAGACCUGAGGGAGUGUCUCUCACCAGGGGGUUGAAGGCUCUUCCACCGCAGCCCCUUCUGUCUGCUGGAGAGCCCCCUGGUGGAAUGGACAUUUGUGGGCAUUUUCACCCAUGUAGGGGCUAAAACUUGAGCUCCAACUCUGGAGGGUGGCGGUGUUCCAGGUGUGUGUGUGCAUGGGACUUGGGGUGAGUGUGUUGUGACUCAGGAGGUCAGCUCACUCUUACCCUUAGGGUCGAGUCCGUGCGGAUGACAGUGGGAGAAAGAAGAAAGUGAUCACUUGGGAUAGGACAUCUGACCUAGGCGAGGACUUCUACCGGGAGGCCAUCGAGCACUGCCGCAGCUACAACGCGCGUCUGUGCGCCGAGCGCAGCCUGCGCCUGCCCUUCCUCGACUCGCAGACCGGCGUGGCCCAGAACAACUGCUACAUCUGGAUGGAGAAGACCCACCGCGGGCCGGGUUUGGCCCCGGGGCAGAUCUAUACGUACCCCGCCCGCUGUUGGAGAAAGAAACGGAGACUCAACAUCCUGGAGGACCCCAGACUCCGGCCCUGCGAGUACAAGAUCGACUGUGAGGCGCCCUUGAAGAAGGAGGGUGGUCUCCCGGAAGGACCAGUCCUUGAGGCUCUACUGUGUGCUGAGACGGGGGAGAAGAAGAUAGAGCUGAAGGAGGAGGAGACCAUUAUGGACUGUCAGAAACAGCAGCUGCUGGAGUUUCCACACGAUCUCGAAGUGGAAGACUUGGAGGAUGACAUUCCCAGGAGGAAGAACAGGGCCAAAGGAAAGGCAUAUGGCAUCGGAGGUCUCCGGAAACGCCAGGACACCGCUUCCCUGGAGGACCGAGACAAGCCGUAUGUCUGUGAUAUCUGUGGGAAACGGUAUAAGAACCGGCCAGGGCUCAGCUACCACUACACCCACACCCACCUGGCUGAGGAGGAGGGGGAGGAGAACGCCGAACGCCACGCCCUGCCCUUCCACCGGAAAAACAACCAUAAACAGUUUUACAAAGAAUUGGCCUGGGUCCCCGAGGCACAGAGGAAACACACAGCCAAGAAGGCACCUGACGGCACUGUCAUCCCCAACGGCUACUGUGACUUCUGCCUGGGUGGCUCCAAGAAGACGGGGUGUCCCGAGGACCUCAUCUCCUGUGCCGACUGUGGGCGAUCAGGACACCCCUCGUGUUUACAGUUCACGGUGAACAUGACGGCGGCCGUGCGAACCUACCGUUGGCAGUGCAUCGAGUGCAAGUCCUGCAGCCUGUGUGGCACCUCCGAGAACGACGGUGCCAGCUGGGCGGGUCUCACCCCCCAGGACCAGCUGCUGUUUUGUGACGACUGUGAUCGGGGUUACCACAUGUACUGCCUGAGUCCCCCCAUGGCGGAGCCCCCAGAAGGGAGCUGGAGUUGUCACCUCUGUCUUCGGCACCUGAAAGAGAAGGCCUCUGCCUACAUCACCCUCACCUAGGCCUGCUCUGGCUCACCUGGACCUCUGGGGUGGUGCUUGCCUACCUGAGUCUCCUCCCGGAGCUCCUCCACUCUCUCCCCAUCCUUAAUGCCCCACAGCGGGAGGGGCGGGCGAGCCUGAGGGGGGCGGGGCCACCCCCUCCCCUCCGUGCAAGUGGAAUGCUUGCCCUGUGGGUUGGUGGGCCCAGCUGGGCCCUCUCCUUCCUCCCUCCUUCCCCACCCCUUGGCAAAUGGGCACCAGGGGCUUCUGCUCCCCUCAAAGCCAUACCCCGCCUCUGGGCGGGCACGAGGGGUGGUGGAUGCCAGCUGGGGGCACGGACAUAGCCUUUUUCUAAAGAAAAAGUCAAAAAGUUAAAAAAAAAAAAGAAAUUAAUAUAUACAAAGAGUCCUAUAAGGCCUGGCUGGGUGGAGGGGGGUUGCCGAGCGCAUCUCCUGGGCACCAGUCUAUGCCAGCUUCCUGCCUGGCGGCCCCUCCCUCCCAGUCUGCGGCACUGCAGCUGUCCCACCUCCCCACCCAAGGUGGGCACCAUUCCCUCCUUGUACGCAGGGCAGGUGGUGUGGUGUUGGCCCCCCACCCCCUUGGUGCCCACCGUGGAUACUGCAUGAUGUGAACCAUGGUUUUGAGCUCUGUUCCCGCUCCCUCCCCAGAGCCCGGCCCGUGCCCACUCCGUGCUGCCAUGGCUGGCCGCCGGUGGGGCAAGGCGGGCCCCUGCCCAGCGCCUGCUGGAACGAGAAGCACAGACUCUGCAAAGGACUAGAUUUUUCCCCGCCCCAAUUCCCUACCGGCCAGGCCGGGCCGCCCCCUGCCACCCUCGCUGGCCAUUUUCGGGGUCUCGAGGGGGCGUGGUUGUUUCUUGUGGUUGUGUUUGUUGUUUGGGUUUUAAAAAAAAGGGAAAAUGAGACUGCAAGUGGGGGAGGUGAUGGGUUUGGGGGGGUCUCCUCCAAUCCAGGCGUGCCCCCUCCUUGUAAACGAGUCUCCUUUAUUGCCUGCCUCUGCUGUGAAUUAACUUGUUCUGUGUAUUAAACUGGGCCUGACCCCUCUGCCCA